AUGAAGGUAUAUGGGUCACAUCACAAGGAUCUUGAUGUCCCUCAACUGGACGUGCUAACUCUCUUAUUUGAAUCCGACUGGUGUGCCGCAGAAGAAUCUACGAAACUUCAUGUCGAAGCCGCAAAUCCACGCAACAGUAUCACCAAGGCCGAAUCCCGAGAUGUCGUCCGUCGUACGGCCCACACUCUUCGUACCAAAUAUGGAAUCGGUGCUUCGCAAGCUGGAAGCGACGUUGUCGUCUGCAUAAGUGCAGGGAACCCUUUCAUCCCCGUCCUAUUCUAUUCCAUCGUCGCCGCCGGCGGAGUAUACAGCGGCGCAUCGACUGCAUUCACAGUGAACGAACUAGUGACGCAAGUGAAGGACGCAGAUGCCCGACUUCUAAUAUGCUCUCAUGACUACGAACAGCCUGCAAUUGAGACAGCAAGAAAAUGCGGAAUUCCACUUAGUCGUGUCCUGGUCAUCGAUGCUUUCAGACCACAUGACUGGAAUUUGAUAUCUGCUGCUGACCGUAGCAGAGUCUUGGACCUUGCCGAUGGAUUGAUGCUGGAGUGGACAAGACUCACCGACCAGGAGGCCCUGCAAGCUACAACCACGUGCCUCAUGUACUCGUCAGGGACAACAGGACUUCCGAAGGGCGUCAUGAUAUCUCAAUGGAACCUGACCGCGGCCAACGUGUGCGGGAUGCACAUCACAAAGAAGUUCAGGGACCAACGUGAGCGUGGAGGGAAUCCAUUUCGCUUCAGCACCAUUGCGCACCUUCCUAUGGCACACAUUGGCGGUAUUACUUGGUCUUCGCUGAACCCUUUCUAUCUGGGCGGGACAGUCUACUGGGUGGAGAAAUACGAUUUUGACACGUUCAUCGAAUAUCAUAAGCAGUUCCGCUUAACAUGUCAAUGGAGCGUGCCGCCUAUCUGGCAUGCCAUCGCCAACAGUCCAAAGGUAUCCGACCAUUUCGACUCCCUCGAUAUUGCUGUGUCCGGUGCAGCUCCAUUGGGUCCAGAGCUCGCAAAGGCUGCCGCGAGGAAGCUGGGCUGUGGCAAGAUUGCAACGAUCAGUCAAUUCUGGGGCGCCACGGAGACUACAGGUAGCAUCACUGGCGUAGACUGGGACGUUUUGGAUCAGACAGACAGCACCGGCGCUCCGAUACCAAAUGUCAAGUUACGCUUCAUCGAUGAGAACAUGAAAGACGUGGAACCAGGCCAGCCUGGCGAGGUCCUCGUGUCAGGUCCGAUAGUAUGCCAAGGCUACCACAACCGCCCCAUAGCAACCCGCGACUCAUUCCUCGACGGCUUCUACCGAACCGGGGACGUCGGCAUCUGGAAAGACGGAUACGUCCACAUCAUCGAUCGACUCAAAGAACUCAUCAAAUACAAGGGACUCCAGGUGGCUCCCGCAGAGCUGGAGGCGUUCCUCACCACUCAUCCCAAAAUCCAAGACGCCGCCGUCAUUGGAGUUGAAGACAAUGUUCAAGCUACGGAAGUGCCUCGAGCUUUCAUUGUCUGCAAGCCUGGAGCUGAGAUGCAGGCCGAUGAGGUGGUGGAGUACGUGCGUGCUAAUCUUUCGAACCAUAAGCGGUUGAGGGGAGGUGUGGUGUUUCUUGAUGCUAUACCGAAGAGUGCUUCGGGGAAGAUUUUGAGGAAGGAACUGCGGCAGCAAAGCGUUACGAAGGAGAGACGAGCAUCUAAGCUUUGA